AAUUUCGGGUCAAGUCCUUCCUGCGCAUGAAGUCUGUUGGGUCAGCAGUGCGGUGGUUCCUUUAGCCCUUUGUAAACAUUUGACAAUAAUAAUCGAUUGAAAUAGACGACGGAAACCGUAUAAUAAUAACAUUAUUGUAAGGUGUGUUGCACGCGGAGCUUAAUUUAACGUCUGCAGAACAAGGGGGUAACAGCAGAGAAUGACGAACGGUUCAAAGAGAAAAGAAGAAGUUCAUCUCGCCAACGGGGGUGUAAAGCAGUCCACAUGGAGCAAAGUCUUAAAUAGUACCGCUGUAUGGGAAGAGAAGGAUGAGUUUUUAGAUGUGAUCUACUGGAUUCGACAGAUUAUCGCUCUCAUCCUCGGCGUGAUAUGGGGUGUUGCACCACUAAAAGGCUUCCUAGGAAUAGCCAUAUUCUGUGUCAUCAACGCGGGGGUCCUGUAUGUGUACUUCAGCAGCUUUCAGCAGGUGGACGAGGAGGAAUAUGGAGGAACGUGGGAACUCACCAAAGAAGGCUUCAUGACAUCCUUUGCAUUAUUCCUGGUGGUGUGGAUAAUAUUUUACACAGCGCUUCAUCAUGACUGAAGACCCGAGGGGAAUCCAAUCCAUUCGAGAAAAAUAUGAACAUUUCAGUUGAAGUUAAAAUGUCAAGACAUGAAGUGUUUAGAAAUUGUUUUUGAGACAACUCGGAAACUCCGAACCUCUUGAGUUAAAAUGUACAUACGUUUUUUUUUUUUUUGCGUAGAGCUUCCCAUUGGUUGAUUCUGAUAUUUUCCAAGUGGGGAAGCAGAGCUCAUUUUUUUUACAAUGAGUUUCCAAUUCGGAAAUGUCAGAGUUUCCGAGUUGCUUUGAAAGCGGCAAAACUCCACCGUUUCUGGUGUGUCACCACCCACACCUAGAACCCGUCUGUAUGCAGUGCAUUUUGGGAGCCAUAGUUUGACAUCAAUGACCUUGUAAGACCAUCAGGUUAACAUUAAGCUAUGGCUCUGUUUGAAUACUUUAUUGGUUCAUCUCAAUCCUUUAACAUUGCUUCUUCUCUUCAUCUCCUUUCCUGUAUCUGAACUGACAUCUAAACACAGCACUGGUGAGGGAAUGUGGAGGAUGCCAUUUAGAAAUUUGCUCUCACCUGUCCAGUUAUGUCAUAUCAAUGCAGAUAAAGGGGAUGAGGAAAAUAGGUAUUUUGACUAUUGAGAUGCAACCUUUCCAUCCAUCUGUAUUUCUCCUUAACUUUCUAGAGUUGAUCACUAAUCUGACUGAAAUGGGUUGAUGAAAGCAAGUGCUCAGCCAGAUUGUUUCCACCUACCCAUCCCAUAGAGAAUGAUAGAGUUCUCUAGUGGCCAAAAGGCUGUUUUGCAUGGGCAGCACCAUUGUGGGCUUCCACCAUUUUAAUGUAAUCAACUGGGUGGGACUUUUAACUUAAUUGGUUGAUCCCUCCUCGUGACUCUGAUGGAGUAAUGUCCAACUGGGUCAUCAGAAGGGAUCAGCCAAUUGUAAAGAAGAAAUUUGACUACUUAAAAAUGGAGAUUGCCUCAAUCGUGCUGCCCAUGCUGUCACAAACGCUAUAAUUGCACAGAUACAAAGAUGAGUCCUCUGUAUAUCUUUGACCCACACAGCCUAGAUCAGUGUAAUCUUCAUGGAGAGAUGGAAGGAAACCGUAAUCUCUGAAGUGUUGGAACUCUGUCCAACUUUUAAGCUAAAACUGUUCUACAGCCAUAAUUUGUUAUUGUUUUUCUUUUCACUUAGUAAUGACAGUAUUUGUAUCUAGCAGUCAGAACUGGUUUUAAUUAAACUUUUUUUGUUUGUUUUCCCUCACACAUAGCUUCCAAAUCAAAUAGUCUUACCUAAUGUUCUGAGAUUAUUAAUUUAAAACAUCUGUAAAUUCUGUAAAAUGUUCCCUUUUCUCAAUCUGCAUUGUAUUAAACUGAUUUAUUUGUACUCCUUUGUUACAUCUUGGUUGAUGUAACAUACAUUUCAGUAUUUUAUAGUUCAUUCAAUUAAUUGUUUGUGCAAGAUGUCUGUAAUGACUACUGUACCACAUACAUGAUUGGUUUUUGAGAGUAUUGUAUUUUCUGAUUUGGGAAUCACAUUAAACAUGGGCUUUGUUUAUCAUCCAAUUUCAAAGAGAUGCUGUGUCACUGAUUUAGUAUUUGUUAAGAGCAUGUCAACUCUUGCUGAGUAAAAUCUUCUACAUUCA